CAGGAUCCCACUGCUUGCGCAUUUUUAUUUUUCCCCACUUGUGUCUUCGGUUGCCAUCUAUCGCCCAAACAACUCGCACCACAAACGAAAACAUCAUUUGUUAUCGUUCAAUUCUGCCACUCUCCCCCGUCAUCCCAUCGCACCGUCAUCAACAGGACCAUGGGGCGCAAGAAGAUUCAAAUCAAGACUAUUAUGGACGACCGUAACCGUCAGGUUACGUUCCAGAAGCGAAGAUUCGGCCUCAUGAAAAAGGCCAUGGAACUUAGCGUCCUUUGCGACUGCCAGAUCGGUCUUAUCAUCUUCAACUCCAACAACAAGCUGGUCCAGUACUCGUCCCAUGAUAUCGACCAGAUUCUACUUCGGUACACUGAGGUAAGAUGACGGCCGCUCUCAGUCUCCCUAGUAUUCCACAGCUUGCCUUUAACCGUGUGGGGCCAACUGAGCGAUCAAAUGAAUGGAGUUGAGAGCAGGGAAGUACAGGGAUUAACACUGGGACUCAUGGUUGGUUGAAUAGUACAACGACACAUGCGAAACAUACACCAACAAAGAGUUCCUCAACCUUGGGAACAACAAGGACGAGGACGAGGACGAGG